AGAAGACACAAGGUAUUGAUAAAGGUUCGUGUAAGCAUCGUGUAAUAAGCUCAUAUUUAAUUUAAGUUUUAACAAAGAAAAAAAAAAAAAGCCUGCAGCUUACAAUGCUGAGGCCAACAAUAAUCCUAGCCUUGACAUUGGCUAUUGUUUGCAUUGUUGAUGCUCACUAUUAUACAGAAGUAACAGCCGAUCAAGAAUUUCUAUUGAAACAAAAAAAAAUAUACAAUUUAUUUUACCAUGUUUCGCAACCAAAUAUUGUCAACAUUGAACAGUACAAUGAAGGCCAAGCGUACAGUAUCGAAGCCAACAUUGAUUCCUACACAAACAAGGAUGAGGUUAAUCAUUUUUUAGAACUUUACAAGUAUGGUCUACUUCCACGUGGUGAAAUAUUUUCAAUUUACUAUCCAAAACUUCAAACAGAAAUGAAAUAUUUGUUUAAAAUUUUUUACUAUGCUAAAGAUUUUGAUACAUUUUAUCAAACAGCAUUAUGGGCACGUGUUUAUAUCAAUGAAGGGCAAUUUCUUUGUGCACUUUAUCAAGCUGUUGUAAUGAGACCUGAUACUGAGUAUAUACAAUUACCACAACCCUAUGAAUUUUAUCCAUAUGCAUUUUUCAAUUCUGAAGUUAUUGAAGCUGCUAAAAAUAUUAAAUUAUCCAACAAAAUUAGUACAACUGAGAGUAAUUCGUACAUUAUCAGAUCGAACUAUAGUGGUUGGUACAUGGGUCAAGAUUAUGAUUACGAAAGAAAAUUAAAUUACUUAACCGAGGAUAUUGGUUGGAAUGCAUAUUAUUUUUUCUUACGACUUGAUCAGUCAUUCUGGUUAAGUGGUGAUGAAUUUCCAAUUAAAAAAUUAUGGCGUGGUGAACAAUAUUUAUACGCUCACAAAAUGCUCAUGAAUAGAUACUACCUGGAACGUCUUGCUAAUGGAUUAGACAAAGUUGAAGAUUUCGAUUGGAAUUAUGAAUUUUAUCCAGGCUAUUAUCCAACCAUGGUUUAUCACAAUGGUCUGCCCUAUCCUCAGCGUCCUCAAUGGAGCAAAAUACCUCACUACAAAUACCAGUUUCUCUAUGGAAUACGUGAGUAUGAGAGCAGAGUUGCUGCGGCAAUUGAUCUUGGCUAUGUUAUUGAUGCUGAUGGUACACAUCAUAAAAUUUAUACACCAGAAGGAUUAAAUAUCAUUGGAAAUAUAAUUGAAGGAAAUGAAGAUUCUUGUAAUAAAGAAUAUUAUGGAAGUAUUGAUAUAUUUGGAAGAAAAAUACUUGGUUAUAAUUUAGAUGCUAAAACACAUUAUCACAUUAUUCCAAGUUCACUUGAGUCAUUAUUUUCAUGUACACGUGAUCCAGGAUUUUAUAGAUUCUAUCAAAAAAUUGUAUCGUAUUAUCAUCGUUACAAAGAAACAUUGAAGCCAUAUACCAAGGAUGAAAUUAUUUAUCCUGGUUUAAUAAUUGAUUCAGUUGCUGUUGAUAAACUUGUUACUUUCUUUGAUGAGCAUGACACGACAAUAAGUAACGGAUUUUUCGUUGACAGUCAAAUUGAUGCUGACAGUUAUCAUAUUAAAGUACGUCAACAAAGAUUAAAUCAUAAACAUUUUACUGUUCAUAUUGGUUUGAAUUCUGAUGUUGAACAAAAAGUUGCCAUUCAAAUGUACCUUGGACCAAAAUAUGAUGCACAAGGAAAUGUUCUUGAUUUUACUGAGAGUCAUAAAUAUUUCUAUGAAAUUGAUUACUGGGUUACUGAUGUUGUUGCUGGUGUUAACAAGAUGGAAAGAAGCAGCCACGAUUUCUUUUUCCUAUCACCUGACAGUGAACCAAGUGAAAUUUUUUAUAAAAAAAUUGAAAAAGCCAUUGAGGGUAUUGAUAAGCUAUCAUACAAACAAAGUAUAUACGGUUUUCCUGAGCGUUUACUCUUGCCAAAAGGAAGAAGAGCCGGACAAGUUUAUCAAUUAUUUGUUUAUGUUAGCCCAGUUACAGAGCCAGUUACUUACAAAUCAAGAAUAUUUGGUAACUAUGAAUUUUCAAACAAAACAAUGGGCUUUCCAAUUGAUAGAAAAAUUUAUUGGCCAUGGUUCCAAGGACCAAAUAUAUUUUUCAAAGAUGUUACUAUUUAUUUUAAACAUGAUGUUGAUCCAAAUGCAACAACUCACUAAAAUUAACAAUCAUCAAUAAUCUAAUAAUUCAAAAUGUUAUUCAGCAAUAAAAAAAAAAAAUAUUCUCUUCAUGGUUAAAGAUUGAUAAUCUUCUAUUAAUUUGGCUUUACAAAAACUAUUUAUUUAUUCAGUUUGGAUGGAUCAAUGAUGAAUUAAUUGACGCUUGAUAAAUAAUCUGGCGCCAAUUUUUUAUUUUCGCAUUUCCAGUUGGCUUUAUUUACGUCAUCGUGUAACUGUAAAAAGACAUAACAGUACAUCAACAUGCCUAUACUAUCUCGCGACUGAAUAAAUUAUAAAAUAUGAAUAAAUAAACUUGGAAAAAAAAAAACUACAUAAGCCUUUUUUGUCUUGAUUACAAAUAGAUUUUAUUUCUAAAAAAUUACAUGAAAAUACAAUUAGAUUGUUAAUUGGAAUUUACAAAUAAAACUGUAAUUAUUGUGUAGAAUAAUAUGAUAAAAUUCUA